AUGCCUCCAAAGUUUGAUCCAAAUGAAGUUAAGUACUUGUACUUGAGAGCCGUUGGUGGUGAAGUCGGUGCUUCCGCCGCUUUGGCUCCUAAAAUCGGUCCAUUGGGUUUGUCUCCAAAGAAGGUCGGUGAAGACAUCGCCAAGGCUACCAAGGACUUCAAGGGUAUCAAGGUUACCGUUCAAUUGAAGAUUCAAAACAGACAAGCUACUGCUUCUGUUGUUCCAUCUGCUUCCUCUUUGGUUAUCACCGCUUUGAAGGAGCCACCAAGAGACAGAAAGAAGGACAAGAACGUCAAGCACACUGGUAACUUGCAAUUGGAGGACAUCAUCGAGAUUGCCAGACAAAUGAGAGAGAAGUCUUUCGGUAAGAACUUGGCUUCCGUUACCAAGGAAAUCUUGGGUACUGCCCAAUCCGUUGGCGCUCGUGUCGACUACAAGAACCCACACGACAUUAUCGAGGCUAUCAACGCUGGUGAAAUUGAAAUUCCAGAAAACUAA